CGCGUCCCAGAAUCCAAGAUGGCGGGAUCCAGGCAGUUUGGUCCCCAGACCAGAGCUCGACAGCUCUUCUGCACCCUGCUGCUGUCGUUCAGUCGUUUCGUCGGGGGGGACGGCAUGGGAGGCGACCCCUUGUCCGCCGGGGCCGCGGGCACCCCGGCCGAGCUGCCACAUCGCCGCUUCGAGUACAAAUACAGCUUCAAGGGGCCGCACCUGGUGCAGAGCGAUGGAACCGUGCCCUUCUGGGCCCACGCGGGGAAUGCUAUUCCAAGUUCAGAUCAAAUUCGAAUAGCACCAUCAUUAAAAAGCCAAAGAGGAUCAGUGUGGACAAAGACAAAAGCAGCCUUUGAGAACUGGGAAGUAGAGGUGACAUUUCGAGUGACUGGAAGAGGUCGAAUUGGAGCUGAUGGGCUAGCAAUUUGGUAUACAGAAAAUCAAGGCUUAGAAGGCCCUGUGUUUGGAUCAGCUGAUAUGUGGAAUGGUGUUGGAAUAUUUUUUGAUUCUUUUGACAAUGAUGGAAAGAAAAAUAAUCCUGCUAUAGUAAUUAUAGGCAACAAUGGACAAAUCCAUUAUGACCACCAAAAUGAUGGUGCCAGUCAAGCUUUAGCAAGUUGCCAGAGGGACUUCCGUAAUAAACCCUAUCCUGUCCGGGCAAAAAUUAUAUAUUACCAGAAAACACUGACAGUAAUGAUCAAUAAUGGCUUUACACCAGAUCAAAAUGAUUAUGAAUUCUGUGCCAAAGUGGAAAAUAUGGUUAUCCCCCAUCAAGGGCAUUUUGGAAUAUCUGCUGCCACAGGGGGUCUUGCAGAUGACCAUGAUGUCCUUUCUUUUCUGACUUUCCAAUUGACUGAACCUGGAAAAGAGCCACCUACACCAGAUAAAGAAAUUUCAGAAAAAGAAAAGGAAAAGUAUCAGGAGGAGUUUGAACACUUCCAACAAGAAUUGGACAAAAAAAAGGAGGAAUUCCAGAAGGACCACCCUGACAUCCAAGGGCAGCCUGCGGAUGACAUAUUUGAGAGUGUAGGAGAUCGUGAGCUAAGACAGAUCUUUGAAGGACAGAAUCGUAUUCAUCUUGAAAUCAAGCAGCUGAACCGGCAGUUGGAUAUGAUUCUUGACGAACAGAGAAGAUAUGUCUCUUCCCUGACAGAGGAGAUCUCUAAAAGAGGAGUGGGGCCCCCAGGGCAGCACAGGCAGAUCGGUCAACAAGAGCUGGAUAAUGUUGUGAAAACUCAGCAUGAGAUUCUGAGACAAGUAAAUGAAAUGAAGAACUCCAUGAGUGAAACAGUCAGACUGGUCAGUGGCAUACAGCACCCUGGCUCUGCAGGAAUCUAUGAGUCAACACAGCACUUUAUGGACAUCAAGGAGCACCUGCACGUAGUCAAGAGGGACAUAGACAGCUUAGUGCAGCGGAAUAUGCCAUCCAAUGAAAAACCAAAAUGCCCAGAACUACCACCAUUUCCGUCAUGUUUAUCUACGAUUCACUUUGUCAUAUUUGUAGUGGUUCAGUCAGUGUUGUUCGUUGGAUACAUCAUGUAUAGGACACAGCAAGAAGCAGCUGCCAAAAAAUUCUUUUGACCACCAUUUUCAUUUGUGUACAUCAUGUAUGUACGUAUGUUCAAAACUGUUGUCUUUUUAGGGAAUUUAGGUAUUUAAAUUACUUCAUAGUCUAAAUUAUUAAAUUUUGUAUAAAAGGACUGUUUACACAUUGAUUUUCAGUGAGAAUAAACCUUAAAGACAACCACAUGUAAAUGUGUUCAUAGUUCAUAAAUGUGUUUGAAUAUCAGUGAAUUUCUGGUCAGUGGAAAGAAACUAUUGACAAGUAAUAACAGAAAUGGUGAUAGCCCCUGCAUGUGAGCAUUGCGCUAAGUAUCCAGUACUGGAAGUUUCUUAGUUGCCCUCCUGACUCCCAAAAUCUGAGGUCUAACUAAGAGUUCCCCAUCAUGCAUAUUUUGUAAGCAGUCAUUUUCAGAGAUCAGAAUUUCCUGCUCUUACACCCUGCAGUCCUUUAAUCUUUAUACAGCUCCCUCUGGAAUCAGAGAAUAUUUUGUCUGACAGCUUUGGGAUGUUGAUAAUAGGCCUCAGAAUAUUUUGUGAAACGUUUUUUGCCUCUACUAUAUUUCACUUGUAUAGUAAAUUUGGAGGGAAAACGAAAUUGCUGCUUUUGUCUAAAAAAUCAUUUUGGUGAAAACAUUCCUCUGAUAAUGACUUUAGUGGGUAUUCUGCCUGGUAAUGUACUCAUUUCAUGUUGGCCCAUAUUGAAUAUCUUCAUUCCAAUGUUGUCGAUUCAGUAUUAUUAAAAUAAUUUUUACAUGUUUAGUUUAAGGAAUUUGUCUCCAUUUCAUCCAGCAUGUAAGUCAGUUUAUGCUGCAUGUUCUGAAGAAAUUUUAAAUUCACAAAACCUACCACUAUUUUCUGGUUACAUUACUCCAUGUCACCCAGGGUUAGUGACUACUUGUUUACUCUUAAAUCAAGGAGAUAUUCAUGGAAGAAGUUUUAGGAUUUUCAAAGGCAAAAUUUGAAAAAUAGAACUAUUUCUGAUUUCUUCCUUUUAUUGCCAGCUCUAAGGGCAUUGUGAAGCACUUAUUAGUAAAUUUAACCAUGAAAUGUUAGACUGGAAGAUUUUAUAGCCUCUGUACAUAGUUACAGAUAUUAAAGAAACCAUCUGUAAAUGACAUUUUUAAAUGCAGAUUUCAUUUUUGUUUUCAUAGCUGAUGUAGACUUACUUUUGCUGACUGCAAAGUACUUUUCUUACAUGUUUUAUCUAAAACGAUUAUCUUUCAUUUGCCAUAGGAUCCAGAACAAUCCUGCUUUAUAAAGUAGCACUAUUGAAUUCUUCCAAGGCUUCCUGAGUUUGCUCUCAAAUGUCAUUUACAGAGUGGGCUCCGACCUAAUAUAUAAAGACAUGAUGGAGAAAUGUGCAUUGUGGCAAUAUCUAACUAGCACUGUGUGUGCAAAUAGUCUUUCAUUGCUUUUUAUGUUAGUGUUUAUCCUAAACUGAAUGAUGACUCUCUGCUUCAGUCAGUUCAGCAUAUAAAAUGGUUCUCUCACAUGUUUCUUUUGUAGUGUUAAUGUUUUUAAAUUCAUGUUUCAGAGACAGCAUCAUCACAGAAUUUACUCAUAUUCCCUGAAAAAAAUUAAUACUUUCAGAAGAAUGUUUAAGUUGUAGACUAUGAAACUUGAGAGGUCCUCUUGAGAUAAAAGGCUGCCAAAUCCAGUAUUACAAAGUCCAUGGUCACAUGUGCCUGAACAUGAAAGGAACACAGAUCUAUGCAGUGCACACUUUUCAGGCUUAAAUUCAAGGGGAGUCAUUCUCGUCAUUUCUAACACAAGUACAGACAGCCGUUAUGAAAGAACAUGGGCAUGAAUCCUUCUUUCCUUAAUUUGCUCGACAAUGACUCAGUAAAGUGCUCCAUGCAGGAUGUUUGUCUGUACUGUUUGAAGCUUCACUUUCCUCAAAAUCAUUGACUGAGUACUCAUUUAUGAACAAAAAUGUUUGCUCUGUGGAAAAAUCAGUCACUGCCAGAAUUCUUUCAUUUCUGUACUGUUUUGUAUAAUUGAAUUAAUUCACUUCUCGCACACCAGCAAGUAUUUUACAGGUGCCUUGGAUUAAAACAGAAUUCAUUUUAAAUUUUAGAUGUAAGUCAUUGUGUUUAUAAAGCCAUUUCUGAUACCCUCAGUUAAAUGUACCUAUUUGUGUUCUAAUUGCUUGACUGUUUUAUUCAGUUUGAAACUUUACCAUGAACUCACAAACAAAAUAACCAGUGUUUUUUUGUGUGUUAAAGAUAUGUCACCAUUUCUAAAAACAUGGUCCUUAGACCAUUUGCAUGGAGUGCUUGUUAAGAAUUCAGAUUCCAGGGCCCCAUUUCAAGCCACCUGCAUCAAAACUCAAGGGUGGGGCUUCAGAGAUGAGUGUUCAGCAGGUACAUUGGAUUAUUCUGAGCACAUUGUGGUUGGAAACCACUACAGUGGGGAGUGGACAAAAAGAUAAGAAUAGGUGUUUUGUGGUUUAAAACUGAGCUGAGAGCAUAAUGACAUAUUUUCAUUGUCAAUGAAGUUACCAGUGAUCCACAGAUUCUUUUAGACUACAAUUUAUUUAAUGUUCAUUUUACUAAAACUCUUGGUUCAUUAGCAAAUACUAACUCCAGGUUGUUUCCUGUUCCUCUUUGUUACUCUGGUAAAACUUAAAAGUCAUCUGCAGAUCUUGGUGAAGCCCACUUGCUAACACUUAAUUGCUUUCCCAUUAGUGAUGUGACAUUUUAUCUCACACAACUGUGCUUUUUGAUAACUUGGGCAAAACAAAUUACUUGAAUAAGGGAUUGCCUUCUGCUUUGCAGAGAUAAAAUCUUUGUAAAGAAUGCAAAUGGCAGUUGUGAAUAUGAAGAUGUGAUUAUAUCCCUUUCCGUGUGUUUACUGAAGGGGGUAGUUAACAAAUUAUUAUAUUGGAAAUUUUUUAAUUUAUAAGAUCGAGUAUAAAAUCAACACUUGCAACUUUUUAGAUCUGUAUGUUGCCUGUUUAAUAUAUUUCUUUUAUGAUAUUGCUUAAAGCUUAAAAGGGUUUUC